GGCCGCGGCGGGCAGCGGCGUGGCGGCGGCGGCGGAGGCGGGCGCGGCGUUCAGCACCGCGAACAGCGGCCGGGUGAACGGGCUGAGCCGCCCGCCCGGCGCCAUCGCCAUGAAGGAUCACGACGCCAUCAAGCUCUUCGUGGGGCAGAUCCCGCGUAACCUGGAGGAGAGCGACCUCAAGCCGCUCUUCGAGGAGUUCGGCCGCAUCUACGAGCUCACCGUGCUCAAGGACCGCUUCACCGGCAUGCACAAAGGAUGUGCCUUCCUCACCUACUGCGCCCGCGACUCGGCCCUGAAGGCGCAGAGCGCCCUGCACGAGCAGAAGACGCUGCCGGGGAUGAACCGCCCCAUCCAGGUGAAGCCGGCCGACAGCGAGGGCCGAGGAGAAGACAGGAAGCUCUUUGUGGGCAUGCUGGGGAAGCAGCAGAGCGAGGACGAUGUCCGGCGCCUCUUCGAGCCCUUCGGCCAGAUUGAGGAGUGCACCAUCCUGCGAGGGCCCGACGGAGCCAGCAAAGGUUGUGCCUUUGUGAAGUAUGGCAGCCACGCCGAGGCACAGGCUGCCAUCAACAGCCUGCACGGCAGCCAAACCAUGCCGGGCGCCUCCUCCAGCCUGGUGGUGAAGUUUGCGGACACAGACAAGGAGAGGACCCUGCGACGGAUGCAUCAGAUGGCCGGGCAGCUGGGCAUCUUCAACCCCAUGACCAUCCAGUUCGGUGCCUACGGGGCCUACACGCAAGCGAUCAUGCAGCAGCAAGCAGCCCUGAUGGCGGCUGCGCAGGGCACCUGCCUCAACCCCAUGGCUGCCAUCGCGGCCGCCCAGAUGCAGCAGAUGGCCGCCUUCAACGUCAGCGGGCUGGUGGCCGCUCCCCUCACCCCUUCUUCAGGUACGAGCACUCCCCCCGGCAUCAGCACGGCGCCGGUGCCCAGCAUCGCCACGCCGAUCGGCGUCAACGGCUUCAGCCCGCUGCCGCCGCAGACCAACGGGCAGCCUGCCUCGGAGACCAUCUACACCAACGGCAUCCACCCCUACCCAGCAGCGUAUCCCACCGCUUAUGCACCCAUCAGCCAGGCCUUCCCCCAGCAGGCACCCAUCAUCCCGCAGCAGCAGCGAGAAGGUCCCGAGGGCUGUAACCUGUUCAUUUAUCACCUGCCCCAGGAGUUCGGGGAUGCAGAGCUCACGCAGAUGUUUUUGCCUUUCGGCAACGUCAUCUCUGCCAAAGUCUUUGUAGACCGUGCCACCAACCAGAGUAAAUGCUUUGGUUUCGUCAGUUUUGACAAUCCGACGAGCGCUCAGGCAGCCAUUCAGGCCAUGAACGGCUUCCAGAUCGGCAUGAAGAGGCUAAAAGUCCAGCUAAAGCGGCCGAAAGAUGCCAACAGACCCUACUGACCCCUGCUCAGCCUGGCCCUGCGGAGAGGUUGGGUGUCCCGGGGUGUCUGACGACUUUCCCCUUCCCCAAGUGCAGUAUCCAAACCCGUAACUCUCUUUCUUUGCAACACACCCCGGAGGAGGCAGAGGAGGAGGAGAUGGAGGAGCAGCGAAGAAGAGAGCCAUUCUGGUCGUAGCUUUUCUUUCCUUUUUUGAUUACUUUUACCCCAAACUGGUCUUGUUUGUUACUGAACGGGAACACGAGCGAGGAGGAUGAGGAAGGAGGAGAGCGACGCGGCUCCGGGGCUGAGGUUCGCCGCCGGCCGAGUGCCGGGACUCAACGCCUCCCUCACCGGGAGAUGGGCGGAGGGCAGCCGGGAUCCACUUUGUGGCUGGUGGUUUUUAAAGCACUCACUUGCUGCUACCGAUUUCCCAGGAGAAACGAGGAAAAGAGGCUCCAAAUGGAUUCUUAAACCAAAGCCGGUGGGACGGGACCAGCCUUGGGCGCUUCACCUGGAGGAUGCUUGGUUGGAAAAGGAAAAAGGAAAAGGGCAAGAUUUGCUUUUUCCCCACAUCAGGGGGAGGAGAAAAGGAUCAAAGUAUGUUGGACUUAUAGAAGAUAUAUAUAAAUAAGUAUAUAUAUAUAUAUAUCCCACGGAGCGGGGCAGCGGGACACGCGCUUCCCCUGCUUGUCACUGGCACAGGGACAUAGGAUUACUUGUUUCAGAGUCAUAUCAUUCCUUAGAGUUUAGGGACCAAAGGACUAUUGCUUUUUUUAAAUAUAUCUAUAAAUAAAUUAAUUUAAAAAAAAUUAAAACAAAACACACAGA